AAAAACAGACAGGCACAGGCAUUGCGAACAUACAGUGGGCUGGGCUAAAGGGAAAGGUCAUCGACCGUAGAGUUUGUCACCGACAUCCAACAACGCAGCGUACUUUUUGUUUCAUUUUAACUAACAUUUUCGUCAUGUGAAAUAUCUUAUUUGGGUGCAAAGGCGCGAGUUGCAUCGUCUCUCCUAUGCUGUGGCAACAUUCAAGAUCGGUGGCCUUUUAGACGUGCGUCACCGUUUAGGCGGUGUGUCCCAUCCGAGACUACGAUGCGCAGCAAUAUUUUGAUCAGUUGCGUGCUUAUCAACAUUGGCAUUCAGUGGGGCUUCUUCGUGGUUUCCGCGGUGCUCCGGACCGAUCUCCUCUUCGAACUAGUCGGCUCGUGCACAUGUAUACUGCUGGCACUGUUGAGCUACUUCUGGGGCAGCCGUUCCCUCCGACAGAGGAUCCACACUUGGCUGGUCGUGCUGUGGGCAAUCAGGCUCGGUCUGUACCUCUUCACUCGCAAGCUAUGGCACAGCCAAGAUUCACGGGAGACUGCACCGCCACGUCGACGGAAAUUUUUUCUCUUAUGGACGCUGCAAGCCCUGCGAACCUUGGUGACUCUCUUUCCCACACUUCUUCUGAACACAAGCACGUGGGCCGACUUGCCACUGGGAGUACGUGACCUGGCUGGCUGGCUGCUGUGGCUGGUAGGCUUUGUGCUGGAAACAGUGGCCGACCACCAGAAGACCACCUUCCAAGCAGACUUCAAGAACCAGGGUCACUUUAUCCGGACAGGGCUGUGGAGUGUGUCACGGCACCCAAACUACUUUGGUGAGAUCCUGCUCUGGCUUGGCCUGUACCUGUCGGCCAGCUCUGUGUUUAGGCGGACCGAGUACCUAUGUGUGCUGUGCCCCAUAACAGACCUGCUGCUCAUCACCCGCGUCACGGGGGUGCCAAGACUAGAGCAGGCUGCCUUUCGCAAGUGGGGUAAUGACCCUGCCUAUCACGAGUACCUGCGCUCAACUGCAGUGUUGGUGCCUUUCCUGUGGUAGCAAUUUCCAAGUUCCACCAUGUGACCAUGAUGAGAUACCUCGCACAGCUUGCCCCCUUCACAGCAAGGCAUGUUAGAAGCCUAACAGUGACAUCUUGGUGUCAGAAGGGCAUCAGCAUGAUGAGUUGCACAGGGUGCUUACAAGAGCCACUAAACAAUGAAGGUCAAGCAUGUUGCCUAGGAAGCCAGAUUAUAGAGUGCCUUGGCUUCUCUUAUGUCUACAGUAGGUGAUAGCGGCAGAUUUAGCAAUGAUUCAAUAACUCGUGAGAGCUCAGAAUGGGCAUACCCAGCUGAAGCAGCCGCUCCUCUCCGCCACUCCUCAGCCAGCCACCCAUCUCAUCUCUGAAUAAAUAUUGAGCAGCUGACUAUUCACUAUCCCCUGUCUAUAGCAGACACUCAUAGACAUGUCCAACAGGGAUAGUAUCAAAGUUUACCCAGGGCACUAACGUGAUUGAGGCAGGAUAGUACAGUGUUCUAUCUUUGCUCAGCCCGGUAGAGUGCAGAUCAAACAAGCAGCAAACAGUGAGUUGUCUGCUCCCCCCUUGUAAACUGUUGGGUUGCUGUUUUGGCGAUCUGGUAAUCUUCACUAACCACUGAGAAUGGAGCACUGCUACUGAACGGGGCUCAAUAAGAUAAUCCUAUUUGUCUGUGAAACGGAUCUGCAAAAAAGCCGGCAGUGUUCACAGAGUAAUAUAGCACCCUUCGACAUCUGUACUAUUAUGUUUCUGCAGCCACAAGAGUAGCCCUGAAGUGCCUGAGAAUUUCUAGAUGAAGUUAGCCUCAGUCAUGGCCCUCUGGAUGAAUGCACAUGUGAGAGCCUUUACAGCUUGAGCGCACAAAGUUUGCCAAAUCGCGUGGGAGGAUGACUGCAGUGAUUAGUACCCAUUGUCGGUUGUGUUUCACUAAUUGAGACACAACAAAAAGGCAUGGUCUAGCAUCAGUGCAACACAUCGGUGUGACAGUGUUGACAGCUUUUAGCUCCUCUUGAAAUUUGGCCGCUGCUAUGUUUUGCACAGCUGUGUGAAAGGGACUUGUGCUGGGGCAGCACUUUACAUGCUCCAAGCAAUUUGCUAACUGGUUUGGCUUUUGUCAAGAAAUCAUUGCUCUUCCUGAAGUGCCCCAGAAAACAAAUGAACUUAUGCAUGUACAGAAAACGUAUAGAAAACAUAUAAUAAAAAUUCUUUUGACCCACCA